CUUCGUAUGAGUUACAUACGUUUGGCUAAGGGUUGAAAAAGUGGAGAUAUAAAUGUUCAGAAAUAAGUCCUAUCCUUUUAAUUAAAUUGUUAGAUGCCUUCAGUGGUUCGUGCUGCGAGUCUAUGCCGUUCUAAACCAAGGCUUUUCAGCUCUUGAAAGAAAUGUGCAAUGUUUUGACAGCGUACACCUUGGAGUUUUUUUUAUUCCGUAAAGCUGGGGAAGUUAUAUGAAAGUGCAAUUUUACCUCCGACCUAAGAGUGGCAGCACCACGCAAUAAAGCGAAGAGUCUACCGUAAACGCACAAGAAGUAAAACGUUUUUAAAGAAAAUUACCGCGAACCAGUAGUCUGACUAGGUAGUUAGAAAACGUUACUAUGAAGCCAACUCGGGGAUCAGAACGCGUCCCGUCCAAGGCAACGAAAGGCAAGAAGCCAAGUGAAAAGGGAAAGAAACGGAGAAAAUCCCAGGAAAACCUACAGGCCGGUACCAGCGGUACUGUCCCUCAGCCCAAGUCUAAGAAGAACAAAGUUAAUGCAGCUCCCAGGAAGUUGACCGGUCAGGAGAAAUGGAAACCGCUGUCCGAGUCAUCCAUUACGGCUCUGGACAAGAUGCUAGCCCUGUCCGUACUAUCUGUUCUGGCCGUGCAACGGACUGGAAAAGAGGAAUCUCAGAAACAUCUGAAUAUUCUAAGAACCAGAUUCAUAGCUAAGUGUGCUCAGCUGGCAGUUCCGUUCCAGAAACAGGAAACGCUAGGUAAUGCUUUCCGCCAACACCAGGAAGAGAGCAGGAAGGCCACUGUGGGCAGGAAGAACCUCACCAUGCUGGAGGUGAGGGACCCGGUGUGGUUCUCUGUGGAUGGGUGUGUUUGUCUUUGGUCCACCUGUACGAGCUUCUGUGUUUAUGCAGAUUUGAGUGCCGUGGUGAUCUCUCUAGAGAAGAUGGAGGAACAGAGAGACUCUCUGGAACACCAGUGUUCUAACCUCCGAAAACUACUGGCGCACGAGGAGGAUGGAAACCAGCAGGUCCUCCAGUUAUCAAACCAAGGAGUCCUGCAUCUACCCACUCUACCUCCACGAAAACACAGAGACACACCCCUACAGAAACGCUUGCUGACUUUGGUUCCUGGUGAAGCCUCGACCACUGUGGCCCGAAACAUAGCCAAGACCCUCCAGGCUCCAGGGCCCCUCCAGGAUGCCCGGGCCCUGCUGGAGCAGGCCUAUAAACACGCAGACCACAUGCUCACCCCUGCAGCUAUCAGCCAAACACAGGAGGUCUCCACUAACCCCCUCGGCCAAUAACAUUUACUGACCAAUAGCAUGGACUCAUU